UUAUCAUGGCUUCAAGAGCAGUGAGUUUAUGGAGAUCGGUCAGAGGUGGGAUGGCACGUUCAAUGACGAGUUAUACUACACCAAGGAUGAAACCAAUGGCAUCCACUUCACCCGACUUCACUGCAAAUCACAACCAGAGCUCUUUCUCAAAAGCAAUGAAGGUGGACUUCAUACCGGUGUACGUGACGUGUGGGUUCGUGCUGCUGGCGAUUACGUUUGCUGUCCACUCCGCGAAGCAGCAGAUCGCGUAUGCGCCCGGUGUGCGGUUUAACAAGAGGCGGCGUGAGACCAUGGCCGAGGUGGUCGAACCCGACCGAGUCGAGGCCGAGGCAGACCGGUUCAUUAAUAAGUCCUUAUUUCGACGCGUGGCGCACGUCCAAGACUUCGAUGCUGUUCGGUCUGGCAUAUCUGAUCCCACACGUGGCCCUGAUGUUAACAAUAACCGGGCAAGCAGGGUGGAGUCGCUGAAGUCGGUUGGUGUGGAUCUUUAAAUCCACUUGAAUUGCUUCUUCAACGGAUCCGGA